GCAGCUCUGAUUGGGCUCUGGUCUUGACAUUGUGCGGUACUGCGUUUAAGGUAAACUCCUGGACGAGGUGUGCGAUAAGUGGAAACACUAUUUCGCUUAUAAAAGCCGUCCGCAGGGUGCGCGCACAUUUCACUCUAGUUGGUGAAAUUUUUCGGCAACGUUUGCUUGCUUAGCUCGCAGGGGGACAAAACAUGUGGUUACGGGAGGUUUCGGGGGUUAGUGUGGUGGUGCUGGUGUUGUUCAGUGUGACACGCGCGGCGAUGGUGGAGCCGGAGGUCUUCUUGACGGUGAAGAGUGGUAAUUUGGCCACCAUGAACUUCGACGAUGUGUACAAUGCCUAUCUGAUAGUGACUGAUAUAAUGAUAACUCCCGAGGGACGACCAUUGCCGUUCAUGAGAGGAGAAUUGGAUAAAUCUUAUUUUAAAGGAUUACAAGAGUUGCGGCCGAAUCUGAAGCUGCUGGCGUCGUUCGGAGGAAGUGCUGUUUCACCGGAGAUGUUCUACCAUUUGACUGACAACAAGCGACGGGCGGUGUUCGUGCGAAGUCUGGUGCAUUACGUGAAGAACUUCGGCUUCAGUGGGGUAGACAUUGCAUGGAUGUAUCCGACUGCGGCAGAUAAAGAAAGAUAUGUGAACCUAUUGAAGGAGUUACGAGCAGCCUGUGAUCAGAGGAAGCUGAUUUUGACAGUGACUGUUCCCAGUAAUCCGACCGUCAUCGGUAACAAUUAUCCGGUCAACGAGUUGCAGAAUGCUGCCCACUAUGUGAUUUUGGCCACUAAUGAGUUCAAGAAGGUUAAGAAAACUUCGCUCAUUGCUCCUCUGUACUCUCUGAAUGCCGGAUCAUCGAAUAGUUUGGACUUCCACGUGAACUCAUGGAAAAUGGCGGGCCUGAGCAGCGAGAAGAUUGUAAUCGUCAUACAAACCGACUCGCUCACCUACAAGCUUUACCAGCUGAACGAGUAUCGGUUGGGAACGCCGGUAGCGAAGCUGAAGGUACGACCGUAUUACAAAAUUUGCCAGAAGUUGUACAGUGGUUCGCUGGAGAUAUUCGAAGAGAAGGCUCGUUGUCCGUACGCCGUCCGUGAGUUGAACUGGUACUCGUACGAGAACAAGAAGUCAAUUAUGGAGAAGGUGCAAUAUGCGGUGGAUCAAGCGAUCGGUGGCAUUGCCGUGUUCGACUAUGAUGAGGAUGAUCCACUUAAUCUGUGCGGCGACGGGUCGCAUCCUAUUACGAACACCAUUUUGACUUCCCUGCAAGCUGUGGAGAAAACGACCGUUAGCAAUGAUCAGCCGGCCAUGGCUCAGCGAAGCGUUGGAGAAUCAGAGUUCGACUCGUAUGAAAAAUUCGCGGCAAUGCGGCUGAUGGAGGAAGAAGAUCCAUAUGCGUAUGAAUCGGUCCCGAAGGCGUACGCUGAUGAAGAGGCACACGCGAGUUCAAUUGGGGGAUGUGGCUUCGUUGCUCCGGCAGAACCCCUGAAUAUAAUUGAUGAGGCACCGUAUGUUGUUCAACAUAGACCUGCUCCUGUGGUUGCACCACCGAUUGUGAGAGCUCCGAUAGCGGUAACGACAAAUCCACCUAUGAUAUAUGAAUUCAAUGAGCAUGAGCUGUUCGAUCAUCCUAUGGUCGUAAAGGAUAGUGCACCUGUAUUGGUUCAGGAGGAAGAUGACCUUAUCGACGAUCGGUUCAUGGAAGGAGAUCUAUCGGUAUUAACAGGCCCGAAAAUCGCAGUUCCAGCCAAGGUGGAAGAAAGCGACUGUCCGCCGGUAAUUCUAGCAAAUUCAGAUCAGGCAUUCGCGUUGUUGAAUUUACCGGAAGGUGAUGCUUGUGAUACGCACUUGUUCUCGGAACAUGGGGCGCCGGCUAGUUCGAGUUUACUGUUUUCCGAACCGGAGCAAACCGUAGUUAUCCAACCGAUGCCGAAAGCGGCACAGUAUUGUCCUGGGAAAUCUCGAAUAGGCUUCAUUGCAACUGCUAGUACUGGUGUAACUGAAUCGCCACAGAAUUGCCCACGAUCUCUGAUAAGGAUUGUGGGAACAGCAAGUAUUGGAAGCACAGAAGCUCCGCCGAAGCCUGUUCAGAUAGUCCCGAUAGUCCCGAUAGCUCCAAUAGUUCAACCUUGUCAGUCACUCUCAACUACCGGCCAGAUUGUUAGUGUAGGACCAAGCGAUUCUGGUCAACCACUGAUCAACAUAAUUGCGACGGCAUCGGCUAGCACUCCACCACCUCAACAACCUUUUGCUGAACUAUUUACGAACAUGAAAAAUCUAGCAAGUAGUUUGCCACAAUUGGCAGCCCUGAAGCAGAAUCCUUUGCUGAUAGCACUGAACAAUCAACCUACUCAGCCAUCUUCAACCAUCUGUCCGUAUGACGGAAUUAUCCAGGAUCCACUCAACCCUCGUUACUACUUCUUGUGUCGAAGUGGACAACCCAUGUGCGAUGAAAAUAGGUUCGCCUGUGCCGAAGGAUACGUAUUCAAACAAUCGUGCCUCAAGUGUGUUCCGAUUGGUGCUAGUGGUUGUAUCUGAUCCCUUGCGACUUACUUUGGUUACGGUGCGCGUGUGACUAUAAUUAUACUUUCUAACCCCUUUAACGAUUUUUUUUUGAUUUUCCUUUCUGACUGUUAUCCUCGCUACCUGAUAGCAUUGCCAUCUCUUCCGGAAUCUAUUUAGCUAUAAAAUAGCCAGUGAGUGACCGUCACAAUUUUAGAUCGAUUGUUUGUGCUGCAGCCAAAUUUUAAAUAUGAAUAGUAAUAAAAUAAGUGUCGACUACACUCACACGAACACAUGCACAUCCACGGGCCCUUGGAGUUUGUUGUUCAGUAUUGCGAACAAUAUUGUAAAUAGUGUGCGAAUUGAAUUCAUUGUUUGUGAACUUGAGACCACAAAUAAAGCACUUAUGUGUAUCAUUGAUUAUUAAAA